UCGUCCGCCGCCCGCCUCUCCGGCGCUAGUGUCGAGGCGCGCGCGCCGCCAUCGGCGCCAUCGAUCGCCGCGGUGGCGCCCGGAACGGGCCGGGACCGAGCGCCGAUGUCCGCCGAUUAGAAGAGGCCAUGGCUUCCCGGGUGCCGCUCGUGCUUCUGGUAGCCUGGAUCGGCGGGACCGGGGGCAGCGCCGACACCGAGCGUCUGUACGACGACCUGAUCAACGGCUACAACUCCCUCAUCCGGCCGGUGGGCAACAACUCGGACAGGCUGACGGUCAAGAUGAGCCUCAAACUCUCGCAGCUCAUCGACGUGAACUUGAAGAAUCAGAUCAUGACCACCAACGUCUGGGUCGAACAGGAAUGGAACGACUACAAACUUCGUUGGGAUCCCGACGAGUACGGAGGGGUGUCCAAGCUGCACGUGCCGGCGGAACAGAUCUGGCUACCCGACAUCGUUCUCUACAACAACGCCGACGGAAACUACGAGGUGACCAUCAUGACCAAGGCCAUCCUGCACUGGGACGGAGUGGUCCUGUGGAAGCCUCCGGCCACCUACAAGAGCUCGUGCGAGAUCGACGUGGAGUACUUCCCCUUCGAUCAACAGACCUGCUUCAUGAAGUUCGGAUCUUGGACCUACGACGGAUACACGGUGGACCUGAAACAUAAACACCAAAUGGAAGGAUCUCCCGAAAUUGACAUCGGAAUAGAUCUGAGAGAGUUCAACCUGAACGUGGAAUGGGACAUCAUGGCCGUCCCCGCCAAGAGGAAAGAGAAGUUCUACAGCUGCUGCGAAGAACCCUACCCCGACAUCACCUUCAACAUUACCAUUAAGCGUAAGACCCUCUUCUACACCGUCAACCUCAUCAUCCCUUGCGUGGGCAUCUCUCUCCUUUCGGUGGUGGUCUUCUAUCUCCCCUCUGACAGUGGCGAAAAAGUAUCCCUCAGCAUCUCCAUCAUGCUAUCCCUGGUGGUAUUCUUCCUCCUCCUGUCAGAGAUCAUUCCCCCUACCUCCCUGACCGUUCCCCUUCUGGGAAAGUAUCUCCUCUUCACCAUGUUUCUAGUGUCUCUGUCCGUCUUCGUUACAAUAGUGGUCCUCAACGUCAAUUUUCGAUCGCCGUCCACGCACAAAAUGGCGCCGUGGGUUCGCAAAGUGUUCUUAGAAGUUCUGCCUCGAGUUUUGAGGAUGAACAGACCCUCCUCCGACGAACCUUCGGAGAAGAAGGGAGAGGGACAGAUCCUGGAAUCGGUAGAGAUGCCCGAAGCCCUCAACGUCAAACCCGGGAUGCUGGAAGUGGAGUGUUCCUACCACGGCACCGUCUACGCCGUUUCCGAGAUGUUGGAUCACGACGUGGGGCCCGGCACGUCGGACGCCAGGCCCUGCCCCGACAUGGAGAGGGCGGUGAUGAACGUCAGAUUCGUGGCCCAGCACAAGGAGAACCUCGACUCGUUUUCCGAGAUUCUGGACGACUGGCAGUUCGUGGCCAUGGUGCUGGAUCGCCUGUUCCUGUGGAUCUUCAGCGUCGCCUGUCUGGUAGGGUCGGCUGGCAUCAUCCUUCAAGCUCCUGCCUUCUUCGAGGACAAGCAGCAGCCCAUCGACGUCAUCUUCUCUCGCAUGCGAUCGCGACUGGACCACGGCACGUAGGAGGGGGAAGACGGUCUCCUCGCCCUCGGCUCUUUCUCUAUUCGUCGGGCCCGGCGCCCCCCCCCCGCUCGGGUUAGUUAGAAUUUCGUCGGCGGCGGGCGAAGAGGGCUCCGCCCCCGGCAAGGGCCGCUCUUCUAUCUCUUUUUAUUUUGUUUCUUUUUCUUGUCGCGGCUCCGGACGGGGGGAGAGCGACGGGGCGGCCGACUGUCGCGCGGCCCGCUUCCGACGCUAAGUCUUCCAUUCGAUUCGCAAUAAGUAGCCGCCGCACCGGCGGAUCUAGAGCUAGCUUGGGCCGGAUGGAAGGGGGCCCCACCGGGGCCCCGCCGACCGCGCGUGCUUUGGCAGGAGGAGGAAGAGGAGAAGGCGGUGCCGGGCGGCGCCCGGAAGGGGCAGAGCGCCGGGUGUCGUUCCCGGGGCCGCGCCGAU